GAAAAUUUUUUAGAUGAUUGCUACAAAAUCAGUACCUUCUUGGAGACAUAUAGACACACAUUAAACCCCACACAAGACAGGGACUCAUGGCCUAAAAGUCAACAAGGGCCCAUGAUUCCACCUGAGCCAAUCACCAGGAGAAAGGGUAGGAAGACACUGCUCAGGAGAAGGGAAAUUGGUGAGGAUGAAAGAGGCUUUACAAAUGGCAGAGUCAAGAAGACAGGGGUCACCAUGAAGUGUAGUAUAUGUGGUGCUCCAGGCCACAAUAAAAGGCACCAUCAACGACCACAGGGUGAACCCUCAAGUGAAGCAGGACAACAUAACCCAAUGGAUGACAUUGAUCCACAUAUCCUGGAGGAGCAUUUUGCACUGGUUGAUGCUAUGUAUGGACCCAGCCAGUCAGCAGCUACAACACAGACACAACCCAGUGUAGACCCUUCUUCACAGGUGAUCAAUCCACCUCAACAGGGUUUCCCUACAACACAAACUGGUACUCAAUCUGGGAUGAAGAUGCACAAAUUGCCUGCAUGGGGAGGUAAGGGUUUUGAUGCUGCCACAAAUAUUGCCAAGACUCAAUAUAAAGAUAAAGGCACUGAUCGCAGAAGUAAAGAAGGAACUCUUACAAGAAGGAAAAAGGCAUGGCUUGUUGUAGUUUGCAGCGUACUGGAGUAA